GCUCCAGGGAAAGUUGCAGCUUUUUCCGCCUCCUGGGAGAGUGAGUUGGGCCAGCUGCCCGGCGCAGGGUUGCGGUCUUCCCGGAGCCAGAGACCCUCCCUUGAAUCCGACACUGGGACGACUAGCCCUCUCGCGGCACUUGUUGCAGGUGACAGAGCUCCCUAGUCGCAAGGGGUCUCUGCCCUGCCCUGUCUGUGCUCAGACCUCGAGGCGUUGGCUUCCCUGUCCUCAGCUGGUCAUCCACAGGCAACGCUGGAAGUUCUCCUUGUUCGGUUGCUUUGAAGAAAGAGGAGUACAAGAGAAAGUAGAAUACAUCAUGUCAGAGAUACUAGAUCUCUCUUUUCUGUCUGAGGUGGAAAGGGAUUUGAUCCUUAAUGUUCUACAGCGAGAUGAGGAGCUUCGGAAAGCAGAUGAGAAAAGGAUUAGGCGACUGAAGAAUGAACUACUGGAAAUCAAAAGGAAAGGGGCCAAGAGGGGUAGCCAACACUACAGUGAUCGGACCUGUGCCCGGUGCCAAGAGAGUCUGGGUCGUUUGACUCCCAAGACCAACACUUGUUGGGGUUGUAAUCACCUGGUGUGUCGGGACUGCCGCAUCCAGGAAAGCAAUGGUACCUGGAGGUGCAAGGUGUGCGCCAAAGAAAUAGAGCUGAAGAAAGCAACUGGAGACUGGUUUUAUGACCAGAAAGUGAACCGCUUUGCUUACCGCACAGGCAGUGAGAUAAUCAGGAUGUCCCUGCGGCGUAAACCUGCAGCAAAUAAAAGAGAGACAGUGGGACAUUCCCUCCUUCAUCAGACACAGAUGGGUGAUAUCUGGCCAGGAAGAAAGAUUAUUCAGGAGCAACAGCAGGAACCCAGCAUGCCAUUCGAAGUGCCAAAGCAGAAAAGUGGAAAGAGUGUGAUAGAGGCUGAGAGUGAGAGUUUGGAUAGCUACACAGCUGACUCAGACAGCACCUCCAGGAGAGACUCUCUGGAUAAAUCUGGCCUCUUUCCAGAAUGGAAGAAGAUGUCUUCUCCUAAAUCUCAAGUUGAAAAGGAAAUUCAUUCAGGGGGUCAAAAUGUGGUACCUGUUGAUGAGGGUGAAAUGAUAUUCAAGAAGAACACCAGAAAAAUCCUCAGGCCUUCAGAAUGCACUAAAUCUGUGAUAGAUCUGCGCCCAGAAGAUAUGGGGCAUGAAAGUGGCUCCUUGGGAGACAGAAGCAAAUCUGUCCCAGGCCUCAACGUGGAUAUGGAAGAAAAAGAGGCAGAAGCAAAAGCAAUAGCAGAAGCAGAAGCAGAAGAAGAAGAAGCAGAAGCAGAAGCAGAAGCAGAAGAAGAAGAAGCAGAAGAAGAAGAAGACAUUGACCACCUGGUGAAGUUGCAUCGCCAGAAACUAGCCAGAAGCAGCAUGCAAAGUGGAUCCUCCAUGAGUACCAUUGGCAGCAUGAUGAGCAUCUAUAGUGAAGCUGGUGAUUUUGGGAACAUCUUUGUGACUGGCAAGAUUGCCUUUUCCCUUAAGUUUGAGCAGAAGACACAGACUCUGGUCAUCCAUGUGAAGGAGUGCCACCAGCUAGCCUAUGCUGAUGAAGCCAAGAAACGCUCUAACCCAUAUGUGAAGACUUAUCUUCUACCUGAUAAAUCUCGCCAAGGGAAAAGAAAAACUAGCAUCAAACGGGAUACUGUCAAUCCACUGUAUGAUGAAAUCUUCAGGUAUGAGAUUCCAGAAUCUCUCCUGGCCCAAAGAACUUUGCAGUUUUCAGUUUGGCAUCAUGGUCGUUUUGGCAGAAACACUUUCCUUGGAGAGGCGGAGGUUCAGAUGGAUUCCUGGAAGCUUGAUAAGAAAAUGGAUCAUUGUCUCCCUUUACACGGAAAGAUCAGUGGUGAGUCUCCAACUGGUGUACCAUUAUACAAAGGAGAGUUGGUGGUUUCAUUGAAAUACAUUCCAGCCUCCAAACUCCCUGCUGGAGGCAGCCGGAAAAAAAAUAAAGGUGGUGAAGGGGGAGAGCUCCAGGUAUGGAUCAAAGAAGCUAAGAAUCUGACAGCUGCCAAAUCAGGAGGGACUUCAGACAGCUUUGUCAAGGGAUACCUCCUUCCUACGAGGAACAAGGCCAGUAAGCGUAAAACUCCAGUGAUGAAGAAGACCCUGAAUCCCCACUACAACCAUACAUUUGUCUACAAUGGUGUGAGGCUGGAAGAUCUACAACACAUGUGCUUGGAACUUACUGUGUGGGACCGGGAGCCCCUGGCCAGCAAUGAUUUCCUAGGAGGGGUCAGACUAGGUGUUGGCACUGGGAUCAGUAAUGGGGAAGUGGUGGACUGGAUGGACUCGACUGGGGAAGAAGUGAGCCUGUGGCAGAAGAUGCGACAGUACCCAGGGUCUUGGGCUGAAGGGACUCUGCAACUCCGUUCUUCAAUGGCCAAGCAGAAGCUGGGUUUAUGAGUUCCUGUCAUAUUCUACAGGUCUAGCCCUGGCCAGGGCAAAUCAGAGGAAGUAACAAAACUAAGAGCAAAUAUUUCUAAUUUAAUAUGUGUGUGUGUUGGAUGUGUAUGUACAAGCAUGUAUUUCUGCAAAUCUUAUGCUAGCUAGAGUGAUGCAGCCUUGUUCCCCUUUAAAAAGCAGGCUCAAGAAAAAGGGCCUCUUUGAAAUGUUUUUAUUUGUGUACAAUCUAGUAUAUUUCAGAGUCCAUUCUUUCUUUCAUCAUUAUGAGAUUUAAUUAACUUAAAAACCUUUUAAAACAACUUUCUAUUUUCUGUCUUAAUAUUUUUGUUCUUAUUUCUCCAGGGAGCCUUGGCUACCUUUGGCAUUAGUUUUAGUCUGUAGUUUAAGGUGUACCUGAUCUGAGGAUAAGGUUCUGGGAAGCAGUUUUGGGUCACUAAAGACAGGGCAAUAUGGGAGAGAGGUAAAUAGGUCUUCUCCUUCUAAUUUAUACUUUUAACUCAUGUUGUGCAUGGAUAAUUUUAUGGAACUUGGCUUUUAACUUUUCUUCUUGUUAAGUAGUCUUCACCUUGCUUGGGUGUAUGGUUUUCUCUGAAAUGAAAAGAAAACUCCCCAGCUCCUUCCAGUUCUAUAUGCCUUUACUAUACCUCUGGGGAAUCCUUAUAAUGGAGUUAGUUUAGAAAAGCACUUUAAUUAGAUAAUGGCCUUUUGACGGAGUCAUGAACAUGCCCAGUGAGACCUUCUGGCUGAUCCCAGAGGACUUGCAUGACUGAGGGUAAAGUGUUUCACAGCUCAUACUGAUGUCUCAGAAUUUUAAACUGAUAACAGCAGUUAACUGAGAGAGAAGUCACUUCUCUAAUGAAAGAUGAGACAUCUUCACUCAUGUUCCACAUCUUCCUCAGUGUUUGUGUCUGAGAUGUGUUGCUAUGCAGAAUAUGGUCCACAUACCUCUGUAUCAGUCAGAAGAGCCAAAGACUGUCUAAAAUGGCACAGUGCUUGCCCAGACUGGGGACUGUUAGUACUCCAAGAGAAUGUGGAUAGAGAAUCUCCCAGUUAUUCUGACCUCCUACCUGAUGUAGUUUCAGCUCCCAUUUUUUCUAUUGUUUCUUCAACUUGACCUACAUGUAACAUGGGUGUGGUAGUGUUGAGGCUUUUUGAAGAACGUUCUGGUAAACUAACUUUCACUUCCUUAUACUCUUACAAACUGACCUUUUUAUUCAUAUGAGUGUAUUCCACACAAAAUUGUGUGUAGAAGGAGUCUAUACCAGAAAAGAAAUCCCUUUCAGUAGAGGCAGUGGCUAGCUGAUGGUCCUAUAAGGCCACUGGAUUGAGGGCAGGUAUGGCAGUUUCUAUUGUAUGUGUGAACUAAACUGAGGAAUGUUUUAAAAGGUUUGUUUGGUGUGGAUUGACACUGUAAUGAAAAGCAUAACUUGAGAUCCUGUGUUGUAACUUGCUCUUUUGUUUCCCACCCUUGAAAUGAAUGUGUGCUUCAAUAAAGCUUUCUGACUUGUCAAA